GUUGGUGCGAAAAAUUUGGAAUGGAUCUGUUUGAUGACAAAAGGAAUGUUGAGGUUGUUGUGGAUAGUGAGGUUAAUGAUGUAAAUAGCUUUGAUGAUUUUUCUGAGGACUUUUAAUUGGCAGGAUUGGAUGCGCUGGAUAUUAGAGGUUUGGCAGAAUCCCACAGUUCCAAUCUGAAUGUCAAAAGUGGUCGCAGUAAAGUCUUCUAAAAGCUAUUUCUUUCUACUGCAGAAAGAUGUCGAUUGGCUGUCGAUAACGGUGACUCCCUGUUCGGCUCCGAUCUCUUGGGACGUGUCCUUCCGGCCAUCCACGGAGACGGGCAAAGUUGACAUGUCGAGCGUUUCGUCCAACUCGGUGCUGGAAACUGAGCCGAGGAGCUACGAGGAAAGUAUGGCCAGAAGGGGGCUUUAUUCCGUUCGGAUCAGCUCGCCCGAGGACGCUGGGACCGCAGAGCUUUUCGCGACCACACUUGGAUCUCUGAAAAAGCUGAGGCCGACUUCGAAAUUAUCGUUUGCCAACAAGAGGCAAAGGGCGCAUAUGUCGGUGCGAUGGACCCCGAGUCCAGUAGAUUCCGAACUGACGGAGUAUUGGCUUGUAGUAAGCAGAUCGAAUUGGUUCCCAUCGCUCUGCAAGGCCCAGUUGGCGAAGGACAUGUUCAAAGCCGGCGCUGAAAACAUCAUAUCGUACCAGAGCGACAGCUUGUUAAAAGCGCUGUCAACCAGUGAUCAUUUCACUAUGGAGCACACCAAGAGACGGUCCGGCAGCGUGCUACGGGGUCUCAAGCUCAACCAGAACUAUCACGUGCAAGUUUUCGCCGUCAACAUCGACACCAAAAUGAGCUAUCUUUACGCAAAUUCGACUGUGAAAUACCAACGGACGCGGCCGCUUUCCCUGAAAGACGGACGACCUACUGUCGCCAGCAUCAAGAGGAUGGACGGCAGAAUCACCUACCGAUACAAGGUGAAGAGCACGGAAACGUCCAGGAGGCUCGAAUGGUCCAUCCUCGCCUGCGGAUCAGGCGCGUUGCUUGAUGCCGAAGUAAGGCAAAAAAGGAAGACAAUCUUGGAAAGAACGAGGAUUUUUGGGUACGGCCGGCUGGUACUGGAAAAUCCCAGACCUGGCUCGACAUACGUACUCAGGGUGAAUUCAACCGACCCUGAGAUCCUCGACAGGAUAAAUUCCGUCCAGGUUGUAGCAACAAUGAGUGGUCUUAAAGAGCCGAUAUUGCCAAAUAUAACAAUACUCAAAGAGAAUCAAGAAGCGAAGGGUUGCAAGUCUGUCGUACUCCACUGGCUGCCUGCAAAAGGCACAAACUUAGGCUACUGCUCCAUUGUCAAAGAAGUCUCAAGGGUGGACGACUUCAUGCCAAUCCCUGAUCAAUGCGGGCAAGAGAAAAUGUUAAAGCAUUUCAGCUACACUUCCAAACAAUGCUUCCAGAGGAGUGACACUGACGGGAACGUCAUAUCAGAAGAGAUCAAGUACCUAAAACGAGGUAGAACCUACGAUGUACAGGUGACGGUUCAGAACGGAAAUUCAAAAAUACUGUCUUACAAGGUGAUACGUGUGAGGACGAGACCAAAAUGCAAUUGAAUUUUCAUAAAAUAAUGCAGACAAAAAGGCAUUUCAACUUUCAACAUUAAGGCUGAGAUUGUGACUUAAUUUUUUUCUUAAGUUUAGUGAUGACUUUUUCACGUUUAAAUUUUAGAUGUCCGAUAAGGUUUAAUUAUUUUAAAGAUGCAUUUUAUUAUUAAAACUUGUACAUAACGUUUAAUUUGUGUUUCUAUUUAUUUUUUAUUUAUUUUAUAAUAUAGGUAUUGUAUGACAAGGUUUGGGACAACUUAUCUCAACAUUUUCAUCGAGUUACCUCCCGAAAUUAGAUUUAAUUAAUUAAUUUUCCUUCUUGUAAACAAACUCAAUGUUUAUAUAUUUUUACUUUUAUAAAAUGACUGUAGUAUCGUUAGAAAAUAAAAGCGUUCACCAAGUGCAUGUUAAUAUGUUAUAGAUAAAUUAAAAUAUAGGAAACUACAUUGUAGUGAUCAGUAUUAGCAAUUGUUGGCCAGUUGAAAAUUUACAACUGGACUAAACUAAAAAUAAUAAAAUUGCAAUAAACUUAGCAUGGUAUCAAAUUAUCUGUAAAUGUUUUGUACAUAUUUAUAUUUAUAAGUUUAAUACAUUUAAAAUUAAAAUUUAUUUAGUUGAA